CAAUACACUAAUCCUUAUACAAUACAUGAUCGUUGCCGAAAUUUUUAUAUUAUUUUCCCUUUUUGCCCUUUGAUAUAUCUUUCAUUGCGUAGCUGUUGCGUCGAAACCCUCUUUUUUUAUUUCUUUCGUAUUUCUCAAAACCCUCCUCAUGAGUCAUUCUGUAUUUCUGUGCAGAUAUGAUCGCCGGCGAAGAAACAGCUACCAGUGGAGAUUGCAUUAUUCCCAAUAAAGAAGUUGCAAUUUCAGAUUCCGACAAGUUCGUCACCCAAAUCCUCAACGGCCCCAACGAACAAUGCCAAGAGAAUUUCCGAAUGGACAAGCCCGUCUUCUACAAGCUCUGCCACAUCCUCCAAACCCGAGGCUUGCUACGCCACACCAACCGAAUCAAGAUCGAGGAGCAGCUCGCCAUCUUCCUCUUCAUCAUCGGCCACAACCUCCGCACUCGCGCCGUCCAAGAGCUCUUCGGAUACUCCGGCGAAACAAUCAGCCGCCACUUCAACAACGUGCUCAACGCCGUCACCUCAAUCUCCACGAGUUUCUUUCAAUCCACCAGCCCCGAUGUUGAUCAGUUCGAUCCUUAUUUUAAAGACUGUAUUGGAGUCGUUGAUUGCAUACAUAUGCCUGUGAUGGUGGGCGUCGACGAGCAAGGUCCUUUCCGUAACGGCCAUAACGGACUGCUCACGCAGAACGUGCUCGUUGCUUCUUCAUUUGAUCUCAGGUUCAACUACGUCUUAGCUGGUUGGGAAGGUUCGGCUUCUGAUCAGCAAGUUCUCGACGCUGCUUUGACUCGGCCUAACAAGCUGCAAGUCCCUCAAGGGAAGUACUACAUUGUGGACAGUAAGUACCAGAAUCUUCCGGGGUUUAUAGCGCCGUAUCGUGGAGGUGUUUCAGAACCCAAGGGGGUGUUCAACGAGCGGCACAAGGUGUUGCAUCGAGCGGUUGACAGAGCUUUGGGAGCCUUGAAAGAACGGUUUCCGAUCCUGCUAUCGGCUCCUCCGUAUCCUCUUCAGACGCAAGUGAAGCUGGUGAUUGCGGCGUGUGCGUUGCACAACUAUGUGCGCUUGGAGAAGCCUGAUGAUUUUGUGUUUAGGAUGUUUGAAGAAGAUACGUUGUUGGCAGAAACAACAGAAGAAGAAGAUAGAGGAAUGGCAUUAGAGGAGGAGGAGAAUGAGGGACAUGAACAUGGUUUGUUUGGACCUGAAGAAGUGGAAGAUAGUUUGAGGUUAAGAGAUGAGAUCGCAUCUAACCUCUGGAACCAUUAUGUCCAAAACCUGCCAACCUUCUAAAACUUGUCUUCUUCCAUCAGUGCUUUAUUUGUUAGAGAGAGAGAGAUAUUACAUUUGAUUGCAGGUCUUUCUACCAUCUAUAAACUUGAGUCCUUGACAGUGGCUGAUUUAUUCCCUACUCAAAGCCCCCUCAUUAACCAUCCGGUAGACCUUGUUUAGGAUGUUUGAUGAAGAGUGAAGACACAUUGGCCGAAACUAGGGAAGAGUAUAAAGUAGGUGGGUAAUAGAGGAGAGAUAAUGAACAUUGGUUUAGACUAGAAGAAAUGGAAGAUUGAUUUAAGGUUAAGAGAUGGUUACCAUUAUAUUAUGUCCAAAAUAUGUGGACCUUCUUUUUAACCGUUUUAGUAGUGUGUGUUCAUGUUUGUUAAGUA